AUGCUGCUGCUGGUAGCUCUGUGCCUGGAGGACCCACUUUGCCCUUUUAAAGAUGCUCUGCUGCUCAAGAAGGCCUGCUGGGGUUAUGAAAAGAGCUGCUCCCCUGAGCACAGGUUCAGCUAUCCUGUGUGCACCAGUCUUGACUUGGGAUGGUAUAAAGAGGAUUUCCUGGAACAGGGUGAGAUCGGUGGUCACUGCAGCCUUAAUAGUAAAGCACUAGCCGCAGAAGGGACACACAAGAGUCCUUUUCAGUCUUGGUUUGCUGAACUGCAGACAUACUCAGAGCUUGACUUCCACCCCCUGGAUGAUGGCCAUUGUGAUGUUAUAAUCGACAGACCAACCGUCUUCAUGAAGCUGGAUGCAGGAGUGAACAUGUACCAUCAUUUCUGUGACUUUGUCAACCUCUACAUCUCUCAGCACCUCAACAAUUCCUUCAGCUGUGACAUAAACCUUGUCAUGUGGGACACAAGUUUGUAUGGAUAUGGCGACCUGUUCAGGGAAACGUGGCAGGCUUUUACCGAUUAUGACAUUAUUCACCUCAAAAACUUUGACUCCAAAAGGGUGUGUUUCAGAGACGAUGCGUUUUUCUCACUCCUUCCAAGAAUGCGAUAUGGCCUUUUCUACAACACUCCUCUUAUCUGUGACUGCCACAGCGAGGGGCUGUUCAAGGCGUUUUCCCAGCAUGUACUUUAUCGACUUGGUGUCUCACAAGAUGGACCAAAGGAGGGCCAAGUCCGUGUCACACUGUUGGCAAGAAGCACUGAGUACCGUAGGAUAAUAAACCAGCAGGAGCUUAUCAAUGCCUUGAAGACUGUGCCUUUAUUCGAGGUCAAGCUGGUGGAUUACAAAUACAAGGAGAUGCCAUUUCUGGAGCAGAUCCGCGUCACACACCACUCUGAUAUCUUCAUUGGGAUGCAUGGAGCCGGACUGACCCACCUCCUCUUUCUUCCCGACUGGGCCGUCAUAUUUGAAUUGUAUAACUGUCAAGAUGAGAGCUGCUACCGUGAUCUGGCCCGACUGAGGGGAGUCCAUUACAUGACUUGGCAGAAAAGGGACAAAGUGUUCCCCCAGGAUAAGGGUCAUCAUCCUACUCUUGGGGAACAUCCUAAGUUUACAAACUACACUUUUGAUGUAGAGGAGUUCAUGCGUUUAGUCCUAGCGGCUGAACAUGUGACCCGGCACCCGGCAUGGCGCGCAAAACAGGCCCAAGAUGAACUGUAGCCUGUAAGACACAGUGCUCUCUUGCCAGGCGAUAGAUGAAUACACUCCUACCAACUCUCUGCACUCUGUAAAUGUAGCCGUGCUAAUGAAAAGUGCAUGACUAAUAUGUGAAAACACAUUUUAAAUUCAGAAAAC